AUGCCCAGUCGAAAAAAAAGUUGUUCGCCCAUUUUGUUGUUCCCCGUCGCCGACUUUCCGUUCCAGGUUCGCCGGUCCGCCCGCAACGGCACGACGGGCAUCAGUCAGCACAAUCACCCGCACUGCACUCUGCCACUCACACUCACACUCAUACUCAUCCUCACACCUCACACCUCACGCCUCAUAAGUACUGCGUAUUCCCUCAUCUUAGUCAAUGACUUACUCAGUCGCCAAUGUACCUGUCACGAUGCUGUAAGGACAGAGUUGCAACUUGGCAGAAGACCUCCCAAGAACACUGCCCCAAUGCCAAACGUCCUCUACUCCCCCUGCCAAGCUAUCAUUCUGAACCCGGCCCGCCUAGCAAGCUCAGCCAUACCACGCUCAAGAGCUAACAUUCUGCAAAAAAUGCCCCUAAAGUCUCUCCCUUCCAAAUCCAGUCUUGUUCAUCCCCCACACAAUUUGCAUCUUGGCCCGAGCAAGCCAAGCUUUUGCGCUUGGCUAGGAGCUACUUUUCUGGCUGCAGCCUGCGACUAUGAAUCCGCCCACAUGCUUAUACAAGUGGUAUGCACAACUGACUAUGACAUGACGUAUCGAUGUGAAGCCAUCAUCAUUUUCACUCACUCAAUAAGUAAUUUCAUCACGUACUACCGUGCUACCUACCCCAAUGACUUCACACUUACAGCAGCUGUUUACAUGGCCCAUCGUCUGUUGUCCCUGGAACAUCUUGACACGGCCGUCAAAAGGCUAGCUAGCCGUGCCAUUAAUGCCGUCUCAACUCUGGCCUCUGGAUGCCCAUCCAAGGUUUAUCAGAGCUAUGAGUAUGUGUGCAAGCUCAAACCCGAUGAUCCUCAUUUUCUCAGUCUUCAUUUCGAUUCAAACUUUCAACUGAUCUUGGUCAAGGAGAGACGGCUUGACCAAUCGCUCUGUGUGAGCAUCCUCGAUAUUGAACAGCAGCUGGCCAGAAGCGAUGUGCCAGAAAUUACUGCCGUCAGGUCUUCGACAGGAGUACGGAAACCCUCACUGGUGCCCAAUAACAGCUCAUUCCCACUGAACUCUUCAGUCAUAGGCGGAAGAUAUGAUCUAGUGAGGCUUGAGGCCGCCUUUCGAGUCCAUAUCCCAACCAUCUUUCCCUCGAAGCAACGUGUCACUCAAGGGAAGUUGCCGGUGCCGGCCCCAUCAUUGAAGCUUAACAUGUGCAGGCAGAACCAUGUCCAAUGCACGACGCCGGCGCCGAGACUUAGACGGCGUAGCCCGAGCCACCGGAGCCCUCGCCGGCCAACCACGCAUCGCUCACGGCGCCUAGCGCCGCCGUCUCCUACGUUUCUUCACGAAUCCCGCAGCCGCCAAUAA